AUAUAAAUAAAUAGGCUUUAAAAAUAGUCUGAGCUUAGCCUUUUUAUUAAAUAAGUCAGACCAAGUCAUAAGUAGGUCAGACCAUAGGCCCCUGACGGUCGGCCUAACCUAUUCUCAUUCCUAUUCACAUUCCAUUUUAGCUUUAAGGCUACAUGUCAUUUUGUAUCAACAUUAUUUAAAGGAGAAUUCUCUAAUGGAACUGACACAUUUUACUAAUCAGAAAUUCUGAGUUUGACAUUCUCCAUGCAAGAGGAGGCAUUGAUGAGUGAUAAUAGUACUUUUGGAAGAUAAAUUAGUACUAAUUACUUCUAAGAUGGUUCCUUGUUCUUUGUGAUUUUAUCACUUGUUUCUUAUAUAUAACAAGACCGGAGGGAGUAUUAGGAUACCCAAUAAAACAGUAUUGUUACUACAGAAAAACUAACCCCUCAGAUUGGAGGUAUAACAGAAAACUAACCCCUCAAAAACAACCUAAGCUCAAAACAUGACCUUCCCCUUCGAGAAAAAAGUCAAAGAAGCUCAAAACAUGACCUAUAAUAAUACAAGAACUCAAAUCCUAAUUAAAUAAGGAAACAAAUCACAAUAAUAGCAAAGAAAUAAGAAAACAAAUGUUAAGAUAUUGUCAAAGUCUAAGAAACUUUAAGAUAAGAAACUAAUCUUAUGAGAUAAUCUCAAAUACUAAAGAUAAUGUCAAGAUAUUAUAAGAUAUAUCAAAAAAUCAUUAUCAAUCACUGUAUCAAACCUUAAAUUGUCAAAUAAGAAAAGGCUGAUUGAUGUAAUUGUGAAUCAUUAAUUGAUUAAUCUCAUUAAUUAUAUUUAUCAAUUUAUCCCUAGAAUAAGUUACACAAAUCAAAUCUCAUUAAUUGUAAUUAUUUGUUGUAAUUACCUGUAUAGACUAUAAUCUCUAUUUAUACGAGGAAUAACAAUGAGAAAGGCAUCAAGCCAUUUUUCCUGUUCCCUCUUUGGAUACAUGUGUUGGUGAACUUCUCAGGGAGGAGCAACGUCUCCUUACUCAAGGAACCAUGUCUCAUGAUGUUGUUUCUGAAUCUGUGACGGUUGCAUAUGCUGUCCAGAGUAGAGGUAAAGGUCGUGAUAUGCGACAGGUCCAAUGUUUCUCAUGCAACCAAUUUGGACAUGUGUAUGUUUUGUUCACCUACCUCCUUUUGAAAGGCAUAAGCUUGGAGCACAAUCUGUUCAAUGCGAAUUUAUGGGGUAUAGUCAAUCUCAUAAAGGUUUUGUGUGUUAUGAUGUUUCUAACCAUCAUUUCCGCAUUUCUAAGAAUGUGACAUUUUUUGAUAAUCAAUUUAUGUUUUCUUGUCUUACUCCUUCCAUGAAUGAUUUUGCUAUGCUUCCAAACUUUGCUAUUAUGCAUCAAUCUAUAGAACGUUUUAAGCCAGACAAUGUAUAUGUUAGAAAACAGAAACAACAGGUUCCCAUCCCUCUUCCCGACACUGAUCUGUCACCUGAUCCUGUAGCCGCUGCACCACGACGUUUUAGUAGAGCGUCUCGAGCACCUGAUAGAUAUUCACCAGACAGGUAUAAUUCCUCACAUACUUCUCUAUCUGCCUCUCUCUCUAGCAUCUCUAUUCCUAUUUGCUACUCACAGGCUGUUAAAGAUGUGCGAUGGAUAAAAGCAAUGAAUGAGGAACUUCAGACUCUCCAAGACAAUUUCACAUGGGAUAUUGUCUCUUGUCCUCCUCAUAUCAAACCCAUAGGCUGCAAAUGGGUGUAUUCUGUGAAAAUGAAUUAUGAUGGUUCCCUCAACCGUUACAAGGCUCGAUUGGUUGCUUUAGGAAACAAGCAGGAAUAUGGCAUUGAUUAUGACGAGACAUUUGAACCCGUUGCCAAAAUGACAAUUGUUCGAACUGUGCUCUCUAUAGCUGCUUCUAAUGGGUUGACUCUUCAUCAGAUGGAUGUGAAGAAUGCAUUUCUUCAUGGUGAUCUGACUGAAGAUAUUUAUAUGACUCCUCCUCAGGGCUUAUUCUCUUCAUCUAACGGUGUCUGCAAACUCAAACGCUCCUUGUAUGGUUUGAAACAGGCUCCCAAAGCAUGGUAUGAGAAGUUUCGUUCCACUUUACUUGGGUUCUCUUUUACUCAGCCAAUAUGACUCCUCUUUAUUAAUUCACUGCACCUCUACAAGCAUUGUUCUUCUUCUUCUUCUUUAUGUUGAUGAUAUGGUUAUUACUGGUUCUGAUCUGGCAUCCAUCCAGGAACUUAAACAACAAUUGCGAGCCUUAUUCCAUAUGAAAGACCUCGAUAAUUUGCAUCAUUUUCUUGGCCUUGAGGUUCAUUACACCUCCAAGGGUAUAUUUCUCCAUCAGCAUAAGUAUGCCAUAGACUUGAUUUCUAUGGCUGGCCUCCAAUCGGCUAACCCGGUGGAUACUCCUCUUGAAGUUAAUGUUAAAUACCAUCGUGAUGAAGGCGACCUUUUGAUCGAUCCUCUAUUGUAUCGGCAACUCGUGGGUAGUCUUAAUUACUUGACCAUUACUCGACCUAACAUAUCGUUCGCUGUCCAACAGGUAAGUCAAUUCAUGCACUCUCCUCGUCAUCUUCACUUAGCAGUUGUCCGUCGUAUAAUUCGCUACUUGAAAGGUGCCUCUCAUCGGGGUUUGUUCUUUUCUACUGGGACACCUCCUACAUUGAUUGCUUACAGUGAUGCUGAUUGGGCUGGGUGUCCUGACACUCAGCGCUCUGUCACCGGUUGGUGCAUGUUUCUUGGUUCUUCGUUGAUUUCAUGGAAAAGUAAGAAACAAUCAAGAGUCUCUAAAUCCUCUAUUGAAUCUGAGUAUCGUUCCAUGUCUACUGCUUGUUUUGAAAUAAUUUGACUUUGUGGUCUUUUGUCUGAACUUGGGUUUCCUUAAACAGAGCCAACAUCUUUCUAUGCUGACAAUACAAGUGUCAUUCAAAUUGUUGCCAAUCCUGUUUUUCAUGAUCGCACAAAGCACACUGAAGUAGAUUGUCAUUCUAUUAGGGAGGCCUAUGAUAAUCAUGUUAUUUCACUUCCUCAUGUCAACACUCAAUUGCAGAUAUCCUUACUAAAGUUGUUCGUCGUCCGCACCAUCAGUUUCUUGUUAACAAAUUGAUGCUACUUGACCAACCGCAUCAAUUUGAGGGAGGAUGUGAAUCAAGAAUUGAUUAAUCUCAUUAAUUAUAUUUAUCAAUUUGUCCCUAGAAUAAGUUACACAAAUCAGAAAUUGAUUUGUUCUCAUUAAUUGUAAUUAUUUGUUGUAAUUACAUGUAUAGACUAUAAUCUCUAUUUAUACGAGGAAUAACAUGAGAAAAGCAUCAAGCCAUUUUUCCUGACAGUAAGUAAUAUACAUACUUUUUGCUUAAUAAAUGCAACAAAUAGAAUCU